AUGUCCAGAGGCGGCUCUCCCGUGAACUUGAGCGAAGAGCUUAUGGCGACGAGCAACAAGAUCCUGCGGCGUGUCGCGUUCGGCGACGGCGGCGGGGAAGAGAGCAUCGAGGCCGGCAAGGUGCUCGACGAGACACAGAAGCUUCUAGGCGGUUUCUUUGUGGCCGAUUACAUGCCGUGGCUGGGGUGGCUGGACGCGCUCCGGGGCCUCCGGAGGCGGCUGGAGCGGAACUUCCACGAGCUCGACGAGUUCUACGAGAAGGUCAUCGACGACCACCUCAGCAAGCGCGGUGCCGAUGCCUCCAAGGGGGAGGACUUCGUGGACGUGCUCCUUCGCCUGCACGGCGAUCCGGCUUACCAGAGCACGUUCAACUGCCGUGACCAGAUCAAAGGCAUCCUUACGGACAUGUUCAUUGCCGGGACCGACACGGCGGCGGCGACGGUGGAGUGGACGAUGACAGAGCUAGUAAGGCACCCGGACAUCCUAGCCAAGGCGCAGAAGGAGGUGCGCGGCGCCGUGGUUGGCAAAGACAUAGUCCGGGAAUCUGACCUCCCGCGGCUCAAGUACCUGAAGCAAGUCAUCAGGGAGUCGAUGCGGGUGCACCCGCCGGUGCCGCUGCUGGUGCCCCGGGAGACCAUAGAGCCCUGCACGGUGUACGGCUGCGAGAUACCGGCCAGGACGCGGGUGUUCGUGAACGCCAAGGCCAUCGGGCAGGACCCCGACGCGUGGGGGCCGGACGCGGCGCGGUUCGUGCCGGAGCGGCACGAGGAGAUCGCAGACCUCAGCGACCACAAGCCGUGGCACGACAGCUUCUCGCUGGUGCCGUUCGGGGUCGGCCGGAGGAGCUGCCCCGGCGUGCACUUCGCCAACUCCGUGGUCGAGCUGCUGCUGGCCAACCUGCUGUUUUGCUUUGACUGGCGCGCGCCGCAUGGCGAGGUUGAUCUCGAGCAGGAGACCGGGAUGACCGUGCACAGGAAGAAUCCUCUCGUACUCGUAGCUGAAAGGAGAGGCGUGUAG